ACAUACAACAUUUUAGUAAACAAUAAUGUCAAAAAACGUCAAUAUUUAUUGAAAUUGUGAAAAUAUACAAGUAAUUUGUAUUAAAAAAUCUAGCUAAAGUUAGUUUUGUGAACUCAAACCUUUCUUGUUAUUCCUUAUUAUGGAACCUUCAGAAAAAUUCUCUUCAGACUCGGUUCCUGCUCGACAUUCUGAAGAAAAAACUCAAAUUGAAGGUGAUAUAGAUUUAGAAGAAGAUGAAAUAUCCCAACAAAUGACUCAAUCUUAUAGCGAAAUUUCAUUUAGGUCUGGUUUAAGUCCGGAAGAGAUAGAAAUCCCUAUGAACUCGACUUUAGAAUCAUUGAAUUUAGAUGAAAUUAAGAGACCAAUGACUUUACCAUAUAAUAAUCCGAAACCUUUGAAUCUAGAAGGGUCUGUACAUAUUGAGGGUAAUAUGACACACUUUGUUGCUGAAGAAAUUGAACAAAAAAUAAGAUUAUCUAGUCCAGUUUCAAAAAAAGACACCCCAGGAGGAAGCAUUUCCAGGACUUGCACCCCAAGUCCUUUAUACCGGCAGUUGCUGGUACCGCAAGUAGGCCAGUUAGAUUCUGCGCUCAUAAACGAUUUAGAAGUAGAAGCACACCGAAUGGCCACGUCCGUUGACAGUUUGAUUGAAAAUUUAUGCGGGAUUUUGCAUUCUAUAUCUUCAAUCACUGCUGAUAACGUAGACGUGUAUAAAAAUGCAGUUUCCAAAAUGAGCGACGCGAUGGACUCUAAUAUAAAGAGUAUGUACACGAUGAUGGCAAAAGCUGAAGAGGUCACUCAAAGUAUGAAGGUUGUCGAGGGUCUUUCAGUUAGAAUUAAAGAGAUUAAAAGAUUGGUUGAUUUAUUUGAGACUUUUGUUUAAAUUGUGAUAUUUUAUGUUUUA